GAGAAGAGAUACGUCAUGGGGGACGCUCCCAACUUUGACAGAAGCCAGUGGCUGAGUGAGAAGUUCAAUCUGGGACUGGACAUUCCCAAUCUGCCCUACUUAAUUGAUGGCCCCCACAAGAUCACCCAGAGCAACGCCAUCCUGCGCUACCUUGCCCGCAAGCACAACCUGUGUGGGGAGACAGAGCAGGAGAGGAUUCGUGUGGACACUUUGGAGAACCAGGUCAUGGACACCCGCAUCCAUCUCAUGAUAGUCUGCUGCAACCCUGACUUUGAGAAGCAGAAGCCAGAGUUUUUGAAGGCCAUCCCCGACAAGAUGAAAAUUUACUCUGAGUUCCUGGGCAAGCGGCCAUGGUUUGCAGGGGACAAGAUCACCUAUGUGGAUUUCCUCGCCUAUGAUAUUCGUGACCAGUACUGCUUAUUUGAGCCCACGUGCCUGGAUGCCUUCCCAAACCUCAAGGACUUCUUGGCCCGCUUUGAGGGCCUGAAGAAGAUCUCUGCCUACAUGAAGAGUAGCCGCUUCCUCCCAAGACCUGUGUUUACUAAGAUGGCCCAGUGGGGUACCGAUUAG